CAAUCGGGAUGGAGCCUGCCUGGACGCAUUACUAGGGCGACGGUCCGGACGCCUCCCGCUUCGGGAUGAAUUAGCGGCGGGUUCAGCGAGGAGGUUGUGACCCCCACGGGCUCUCCAGCUCGCCCACGCUCUGCCUACGUCGUCACAGUUGUCCUCUACUGGCUACAGGUACAAGCACCUUACAUAUAUGAUUUGCAGAAAUUUUCUUCCUAUUUGAAUCAUGGUGUCAUGGAGAGGUAUUUACUUUAUACUCACUUUGUUUUGGGGAAGCUUUUUUGGAAGCAUUUUCAUGCUGGGUCCUUUUUUACCUUUGAUGUUUAUAAAUCCGUCUUGGUAUCGCUGGAUCAACAACCGCCUUGUGGCCACCUGGCUCACGCUACCUGUGGCAUUGCUGGAAACCAUGUUUGGUGUAAAAGUGAUUAUAACAGGUGAUGCGUUUGUUCCUGGAGAAAGAAGUGUCAUUAUCAUGAAUCAUCGGACAAGAAUGGACUGGAUGUUCCUGUGGAAUUGUCUGAUGAGAUAUAGCUACCUCAGAUUAGAGAAAAUUUGCCUCAAAGCCAGUCUCAAAAGUGUUCCUGGAUUUGGUUGGGCCAUGCAGGCUGCUGCCUAUAUCUUCAUUCAGAGGAAAUGGAAGGAUGACAAGAGCCAUUUUGAAGACAUGAUUGAUUAUUUUUGUAACAUCCAUGAACCACUUCAACUGCUCAUAUUCCCAGAAGGGACUGAUCUCACAGAAAAUAGCACGGCUCGAAGUAAUGAAUUUGCUGAAAAGAAUGGACUUCAGAAAUAUGAGUAUGUCUUACAUCCAAGAACUACAGGCUUUACUUUUGUCGUAGACCGUCUAAGAGAAGGUAAGAACCUGGAUGCUGUCCACGACAUCACGGUGGCAUACCCUCACAACAUUCCUCAAACAGAGAGGCACCUCCUCCUCGGGGACUUUCCCAAGGAGAUCCACUUCCACGUCCACCGAUACCCAGUGGCCUCCCUCCCCGCGUCCAAGGAGGACCUCCAGCUCUGGUGCCACAAGCGGUGGGAGGAGAAGGAAGCGAGGCUGCGCUCCUUCUAUCAAGGGGAGAAGAAUUUUGCCUUUACGGGACAGACUGUGAUUCCACCUUGCAAGUCUGAGCUCAGGGUCCUUGUGGUCAAAUGGCUGUCUAUACUGUACUGGACCCUGUUCAGCCCUGCAAUGUGCCUGCUCAUCUAUUUCUGCAGUCUUGCUCGGUGGUAUUUUAUAAUCAUCAUUGUCAUCCUCGUGCUGCAGGAGAGACUAUUUGGUGGACUGGAGCUCAUCGAACUUGCAUGUUAUCGGUUUUUACACAAACAGCCACAUUUAAAUGCGAAGAAAAAUGAGUAAGAUUCUAAGAUUCAUGGUGUUUAAAAAAAAAAGGGGGGGGGAUAUUUUGAAAAUAUUCUAAGCUUUUGUAAACUGAGAUGCAUUUUUGCAUGACUACGUCAAAUAUUUCUUACUCCCAUCCUUAUUUGUUGAAGAUAUUUGCACUUGGUUUUGUGGGGAAGGAUUGCUACACACAUGAUUUUUUUGUUUGUUUGUUUGGUUUUAAAUCUCUGAAUGUAAUUUCAACACUGUGUGGCAGGGAGCAGUCGCUGUGAAAUAACUCAGGCCAGAGUGUUUUAUUAAACAAUCAUCAGGCCGUUUGCAGACAACACACACACACACACACAAGAUUUUCCUCAAGGCCCCAUCCUCCUUCCUAACAAACUCCCCAGACAGGAGGCUGAUCUGGGGCUCCUGAGCACUGGCCCGGAUCAAGUGCUGGCACUUGACCAUGGAGGUGAGGACCCUUCCUCCCGGCCCUUCCUCUCGACAAUGUCCUGGCCCAUUUCUACGCCAAGUCAAACCCUUGCGUCCUUCCUUAAGGCCAGAAAAUGGAAACCCCUUGUCCUUGGGCCAACCAAACACUUUGAUAGGAAGCCCUUCAUUAUUCAUGAAGUCUUGGCCUUUCGCCUUGCACUAACCUAGACGUCAGAAGACCACGGUGCCCUUUUCUUACGCGGAAAAUGCGACCUGGUUGAGUCUCAGGGAGCGACCGCAGGCUCUCCACUUAGAAACCGCAGCUGGAACUUUUAAAGCUAGAAAUUCACAUGGUUUAGUUCUCCCCUUCUGGAACCUUGCAUGUUUCGUGCUGGUUGGCAGGUCUCACUUUUCUCAAUUAAAAAUGGUAUCAGCAAGUCACUUACCUUUUUAAAGGAAAGCAUAGACAAACGCUCUGUUAUCGCCAUCAGAGACUCUUUCGCAGUUGUGUCCUGGCUGAAAUAUUUCUUUAAAACCUGCCACGAAAAAGAACGGUUAUUGUAUUUUCUGUGUGUGUGUAGUGUCUUAACUUCUGCCGUUAAAACAACAGCAACACUUUCAGGUGGGGCCAUAUUGGUUUAACCUAAAUUAUUCAACCUUUGUAGCCUUGACAAACUUCAUUCUUAAAACCAAAAUGGUCACACAAAAAUGAAUCCUUUUUUAAUGAGAGUGAAGGCUCUCUCUCUCUUUUUCAGUCCCAGGCCUCCUCUUUCAUUAGUAAAAUGUAAACCCACUUUUGACCAGUUGUUCGCCUAAGGAUUCCUGUCAUUUGGAGUCAAUGGAAAAUCCAGCAAACCGACAGCACCCGUCUCCUUCCGAGGUGAAAGAAAUGAGUGGUCAUUGUUUCCACUCCACUGGAGCCCUGCAACUACUUUUUUUUGGUCCUAAUGGGGAUGCUGGUCAGAGCAGCAGAAAAUAUGGGGCAAUUAAAAGUCUUUAGCUGUUAGCAAACCAAACUUUUUCCUGCCCUGAACCAGCCUCAAAUGCUGUUUCUUGCUUUCCAUACUCGUUGGCGAGAGUGCCUUCUCCUUAUUUACAUCUCAUUUCUGCUGGAUGGUGACUUCCACCCAAGAGUGGGCACGGGCAUCGCCAUGAAAGGCAAGCACGCAGUGCUGGGUGCUGGACUCACCGAGCAGACUCUUGCACAAAGUCCUGGUAACAGCAGCACUGUGUCGGCACAUCUUUUUUUGUUGGAGGAGAACUAACUAGUGCCUGUGCUGAGCAGCACCAGCCUAUAUUUAACUCCUCCCUCUAGGCUGUUUUUAAUCCUGCUGGGAGCUACUAAUUAGUUAUUAUGCACAUCUGCUCCAAACGCAGCUGUUUAACUUCCAUGGUUUUUAAGGUGGUUAUUUUUUUAACCUUUUUUUCCCCCCUUAAUAAAAGUGGUUUCUAAUUUAAA